AAUAGUAAAGCUGAGCAAAGCGACCUGUUCCUAUAAAAGCCAGGGACAUGGUUUAACUUUUCAAAAAAGACUCUUGCCAAGACUUGAGCUGAGGAAAACUGUGGCAGUAACCACAACAUGGCGGACGACUUCAGCUGCCAGGUCAAGAAGAUGGCCUUGGCCAUGGGGACAUCCCUGUCAGACAAGGAUAUUGAUAUGCUUCCUUCAGAAAUGAGACAUCAUGGUUCCUUCAACUAUGCAAAAUUCUUUGAGUAUAUGCAAAAGUUUCUGGCAUCAAGUGAACGGGAGCAGAACUUGCGAAAGGCCUUUCAGAUGCUUGACAAGGAUGGCAGUGGGUUCAUUGAGUGGAAUGAAAUCAAAUACAUAUUAUCCACAGUCCCCAGCAACAUGCCAGUGAGGCCCCUAUCAGAUGAAGAGGCUGAAGCCGUGAUCCAAGCAGCUGACACAGAUGGUGAUGGGAGGAUUGAUUUUCAAGAGUUUUCCGAUAUGAUCACAAAAGAGAAGAUGCCCAAGAAAAAAUAGAAGCAAGGACAACGUGCUCUUUCCAACUUCCAUACUCAAGGGUGUUCUACCGGGGCAGGGUGGGAAUUUACGCUUGUCUAUCUGUGCCUCUAAUCUUUUUUGAACGCCCCUCUCAAUUUUGUUUGGUUUUUGGCAGGGGUGAGUGGGAAUCGCAGCUUCCUGCUGAGGCUUGCUGAAGAGAUCUCUGUAGUGUUCAGCGCUAGGGGCUACGCCAAGGAUAGAUAAGUUUGGUUUGGUCUUCAUAAGAAUUUUCCCAAAUUCUCAGAUUCUCAAUAAAGAUUAAGUGGAAGAACUUGUGAUGAAAAUAACUAAAAUAUUGAGUGGGAAAAACAAAACUGUCAAGAUUUGCUUAUCCUGGCAGGUCCCUUAGUAAGUCUUGGAUUUACUCCUGGUGUAUUCAAGGCUCCUCAUCUUUAAUAGUUACAUUGCAGAUAGAUGCAACUUAUUGGGGAUAGCUGCAUCUAUUGAAUUUGAAUGGACACAAAUACUGUUUUGGAUUUGAACUUACCAAUAUGUAUGUGGAUGUUGGUAAAUUGAACAGUAACAAUUUCAGAGUUUAAAAAUAGACGUGGAAGAAAGCAGAAUUGGCAGAUACAGCCAUCCGAAUGUCUUCUGAGACAGAGGGAAUCCAAAUGCAUUAAUGGUAUUUUCUCUUUGACUCUCUGCUCAUUGGAGAGCCCAUCAUUAAAUGUCCAGUCCUUCCUCUUGAAUAUGCUUUCCACCUCCAAUCCAUUCCCUGAACUAAGAGUUAAUCUGGCCUAGCAAAUACUACUACACUGGAGGAUUCCCAUUAUGAUAACAGAGUGAGAACACAUUUCAAUACUCUGGGGAUUGUUAUUGUCCAAGUCCUUGUUGAAAAGUAAACCUCUGUCCUUUCAACUUAGUGGCAGCCUAUGCUUUCCUUAUAUCUUGCACACAAAUUCUGUCUGUUAGCAGGGAGAUUUAUCUGGCUGCACCACAUUCAAGAGACAAAGUUUGUUAGAGAGAAUGUGGAAGCAAAUUGUGUGUACCAGAACUUACCCCUGAUCCACUUCAUCACCAAUACCACAUUAGCUUUCCAUCUCUUUCCUAGCCCAUUCCCCAUGAGUAGGGGAAUAGGCUUUAUGCUACCAACCAAAAUAAAAUGCUACUCUGGUCAUGUCCUGUUCUGAGGAAAAUAAAGCCCUUCUGUUUUACUGUCA